AUGUCUGAUAGAGGUUUAAACCCCGCCCACGCUGACCCGUCAUACACAACGGAUCGGUCCCCCACGCCGGCCACUGCGGCAGGGUCCGACGAGCAGCAGGCCCGCAAGCGCACUGCAAGGGCCUGCGAUAGUUGCUAUAAGAGAAAGAUUAAAUGUGAUGCGGCUGUUCCGCAAUGUAACUGGUGCAGUCAUCAUAAUAUCCCGUGUACUUUUGAGAGGGUUAUACAACGACGGAGGAAAGAUCGGGGGAAUGGUCCUGGACCGCAGAAAACGGCCCGCUUGUCGGAGCGGCUGAGCAGGAUCGAAAAGCUCCUAAUGGAGAAUUUCUCAGGUGAAUCACCACCUGGAGGGUCUCCCACCAACUCCGGGCCUAGCUUGAUGGAGGAAGUGGUGACCACGCCUCCCGAUCACGCGCCGGCAUCAUCGUCCGUGGCACUGCAUUUCGCCGGCCGCCAGUUCGGAGUUAAUAGCCUGAUCACCGGCAUUCCGUUCUUACUUCCCGAGGGUCAGCAGUGGGUUGAGCAGCGGACGGGUCAGAGCAUUGCAUUCGAGAAAUUGAGUCCCGCCAGACCACCAUGGGAAAAGCAGCGAGCGCUGAACUCCAGCGCGCUGUUGAUGAGUCUGCAGACGCAGAACCCUUUUGAGUUGCCCAGCCAAUCGGUUGUCGAUAUUUACUUUGACUUGUAUCGGGGUGCGUUGAUGCGGCUCAUCUUUCCGGUUUUGGACUUUGUUCUGUUUCGAGAGACGAUCAAGGCGGCUUAUCAGCCGCAGAGCUCUAGUCGCUUUUAUAGGCCAGCUAGUGCGAGGGCGUGUAUUUUUUCUUUCAUUGCGCUUGCUUCAAUAUUGCAUCCCCCGGGGUUGAAUCAGACACCAGCACAUGUACCACCGGUUGACAGUGAGGCGUUCGCGGUCAAGGCACAAUGUUUACUGCCGCAAGUUCUUCAGGAGUCUGCUAGUCUGGAUGGGUUGCAGACAGCGGUUAUGCUGGCCGUAUUCGAUCUUGUGACAGGAAACCUACGUUCUGCAAACUACUUUGUUUCUCUCGCAGCUCGCUUUAUAUACAUGCUAGGCGCACAUACUUAUUCCCACCAACCCACCACGUCUCCAGCCGCAGGGCCAGAAAGUCCCGAGGACAGAAUACAACGGCACCUUCGGAACGUGUUUUGGCUUUGUUAUAUUAUUGACAAAGAUAUCGCCCUACGAACCGGUCAACCAGUUGCGCUUUCGGAUGAAAACUGCGAUCUUACGCUGCCUCCCGGCUAUGUAGAGCAGCAGUACAUGGUUGUUCCACAUCCGCAAGACGGUCAGAAUUUACCUAAUCACCCACUCUUCCCUGUCGAUCUUCGACUAGGUAUUAUUAAGUCCCGAGCAUAUAGCUCGUUAUACUCCUUCAAGGCACACCAGAAAACGGACGCGGAGCUUUUGAAGGAAAUCCGCGAACUGGACGAUGAGCUCGAGCGGUGGAGAAUGUCUGUUCCUGUGGAGUGGAGGCCGACCUUGUCGUUCUCCCAUGAACGGCCAGACCCGACUGUCAGCAUGCAUUCGGUGAUGCUACGGUUGAACUACCAUCUAUGCAUGACGAUUAUCCACCAGGCUAGUAGCCGGUGCAAAGCCUGGGCCAUGGGCCAGGGUCAAGGUGCGAUGACAGAAGGGGUACGAUCGAGCUUAGCUCUAUCCGUCGAGGCCAGUCGCUCGACGCUGUUAUAUCUUGAGACAGCAGAGCACGUCCUCAUGGACGGUGUAUUUUGGCACCUGAUUUUCUACCCCAUGUCCGCCCUCCUCGCGAUCUUCUGCAGCGUCCUGCAAACCCCCUCCGACCCGCAAGCCACAAAAGAUCUCGCCUUAUUGCGUGCCGCAAUGGGGAUGAUGGAGCGGGUGUUUCUGCGACAGCUCUCUUCGGUAAAUGAGGUAAUUCAUAUUAGGCUUGUUGCGGAUUUUGUUUCAGAGUUGCAUCGGUUGGCGAAGUGUGCGGUUGAAAAGGCGUUGGAUGAACGGUAUGCUUAA